CUUUUUAACCGGGUCGGUUCUUUUGUAGCGCUUAUUAGUGUCGGCGAUAUAACUGUAUAAAAGAGGGAAAAACCAAAGCGUUUGUUGCCCUAAAUCUUUUCUGAGAGAGGCGCGAGACGAGGAUUUGCUCCGAAUCAUCAUCUAUCAAUCAAGAUAGAAAAACAAGAAAUCUUGAUCCUAACUCUAAAGGAUGCCUAAUACUCGGAUUAAGUCACGGUGUUUAGAGGAUCUUACUGAUCAGGAAAGACUUCAGGAUAGAUUGGAGUGGGAAGGCUACACGGAGCUUAGAAUGAAAAGUGAUGGAAAUUGCCAGUUCCGCGCUUUAGCUGAUCAACUCUAUGAAACCUCGGAUUUUCAUAAACGUGUUAGGCAAGAAAUCGUAAACCAGCUUAAGUCUCAUCCAAAACUUUACAAAGGAUCUGUUGGUAAAAUGGAUUUCUCAGAGUAUCUGAAAAACAUGUCCACAGAGUCUGUGUGGGGCGAUGAGGUCACAUUGAAAGCAGCUGCAGAUGUCUACGGAGUCAAAAUAUUACUCAUCACAUCAUUCAAAGAUAUCCCUUCCAUUGUAGUUCUUCCGAAGUCUCAAAAACAACCUGAUAAAGUCAUUCACUUGAGCUAUCUGGCAGGGAUACAUUUCAAUUCCAUCCACUUAAACCAAGGUUCUUCUUCAUCUUCACACACACUUCUGCAGAAGAAGAAAAACAAGAAUAAGGAUAAAGAUAUGGAGAAUGCAAAGUUAAAGUCAAAGGAGGACAAGAAAAGCCAGCGGAAAAGAACUUCCAGGAGAGGAAUAUGAAGCCAAUUUGACUUUGGUCACACUUACACAUAGACUGAACGAAUGCUAUUUUUGUACUCUUUUCACUAAACAAACGUAUUCAGAGAAGUCUCAAUGUUUUCACAGAAAAUCAGUAGCAUACCUUAAACCCUGAAAGGGCA